CUCUAAAUAUUUCCAUCGAGAAUUGAGCUCUCCCAAACAACGAAUAGUAUGUAGUAGUAGAUAUCAUAUCAUAUCAUGGUGUUAUAGCUGUUGUGUUCGUCAUCCCUUGCAUCAGUUGGAUCAGAAUAUAUAACACCCUUUGCUCCAAUCACUUCUUCUUGUUCAUAACAACAACUUACAAAUCCUUUCAACAGUUUCAACAAAUCUAUGUAUGCAACUCCACAAGGCUCUUUUUGCAUGAGCCAUCAUCUCUCUUAAGAAAACCCUUUCUUUCAGUCAAAACUCUCCAAUCAUACCAUUCCCAUUUCACCACUCACACUUUUCUCUCCCUCCUAUCCUAUUGUCCCCUUUUGGUUUUUCUAUCAUAGUAACUUCCUCAUAUAUAUACACUCACAUAUUCUAUAGGUUUCACUGCUUGGCUUUUGAAUUUGGUUCCUACCCUUUUUCUCUUUUGGUGGAUCGGAUUUGAUCAGUACCACUGAACUCUUUUGGAGAGUUUGGACCAUAUUGUAUUGAAGCCUAAAAGGUGAGUGUGUGAGAGGUUUGAAGAAAGUUAAUUAUCAUGAAAAACUCUGAGGCAACAACACAUGCUGGUAUGGAGAUAGAAGCAACAGCUAGGCCUUCUGGAAAUGGUUCCACCCUACCAGGGUUGAGUCCUCUCAGUGAGACCCUUUGGAGAGAGAAGGCUAACUCAGAGAUCAUUGGAGAUGUUUCAGCAAGACUCACAUGGAAGGAUCUGACCGUGAUGGUCACUCUCAGCAACGGUGAGACACAAAAUGUUUUGGAGGGUCUAACUGGUUAUGCUGAACCAGGAACCUUCACUGCUCUCAUGGGGCCCUCAGGUUCUGGAAAAUCUACUCUUCUUGAUGCACUUUCCAGUCGCCUAGCUGCAAAUGCCUUUCUUUCAGGCACCAUCCUUCUCAAUGGACGCAAAGCCAAACUCUCUUUUGGCACUGCAGCUUAUGUGACACAAGAUGAUAACUUGAUCGGUACCCUAACAGUGAGGGAGACGAUAUCAUAUUCAGCUCGUUUGCGUUUGCCUGAUAACAUGCCAUGGGCAGAUAAGAGAGCAUUGGUGGAGAGCACCAUUGUGGCAAUGGGACUGCAAGAUUGUGCAGACACAGUGAUUGGAAAUUGGCAUUUGCGGGGGAUCAGUGGUGGGGAGAAGAGAAGAGUUAGCAUUGCCUUGGAAAUCUUGAUGAGACCAAGGUUGCUUUUUCUUGAUGAGCCAACCAGUGGACUUGACAGUGCUUCAGCAUUCUUUGUGACUCAGACACUACGUGCCUUGGCAAGGGAUGGGAGAACCGUGAUAGCCUCUAUUCAUCAACCUAGCAGUGAAGUGUUUGAGUUAUUUGACCAAUUGUACUUGCUUUCUAGUGGCAAAACUGUUUAUUUUGGACAGGCUUCAGAGGCAUAUGAGUUCUUUGCACAAGCUGGUUUCCCUUGUCCUGCUUUGAGGAACCCUUCUGAUCAUUUCCUCAGGUGCAUCAAUUCUGACUUUGACAAAGUCAAGGCCACUCUCAAAGGGUCCAUGAAACUGAGGUUUGAGGGAAGCGAUGAUCCUUUGGACAAGAUCACUACUGCCGAAGCAAUCAGAACUCUUAUUGACUUCUACCGAACUUCUCAGCACUCUUAUGCCGCAACACAAAAAGUGGAUGAGAUAUCCAAAGUUAAGGGAACAGUGCUUGAAGCUGGAGGAAGUGAGGCUAGUUUCUUGAUGCAGUCUUACACUUUAACCAAACGUUCCUUCAUCAACAUGUCAAGGGACUUUGGCUACUACUGGCUUAGGCUUGUUAUCUACAUUGUGGUCACUAUCUGUAUUGGAACCAUUUAUUUGAAUGUGGGGACAGGCUACAACUCUAUUCUGGCCAGAGGUUCUUGUGCAUCUUUUGUCUUUGGUUUUGUGACCUUCAUGUCAAUUGGUGGAUUCCCUUCAUUUGUUGAAGACAUGAAGGUUUUCCAAAGGGAGAGGCUUAAUGGUCACUAUGGUGUCACUGCAUUUGUCAUCAGCAACACAUUAUCUGCAAUGCCCUUCCUGAUUUUGAUCACUUUUCUCUCUGGAACAAUCUGUUACUUCAUGGUUCGCCUACACCCUGGCUUUUGGCAUUACCUCUUCUUUGUGCUGUGCCUUUAUGCCAGUGUCACAGUGGUUGAAAGCUUAAUGAUGGCAAUUGCCAGCAUUGUCCCCAACUUCCUCAUGGGCAUCAUUAUUGGAGCAGGAAUUCAGGGCAUAUUCAUGUUGGUCUCAGGCUACUUUAGGCUUCCACAUGAUAUCCCAAAGCCAGUCUGGCGUUACCCAAUGUCAUACAUCAGUUUCCACUUCUGGGCACUGCAGGGUCAAUACCAGAAUGAUUUGAGGGGCUUGAUAUUUGACAACCAGACACCAGAGCUUCCAAAGAUACCAGGAGAAUACAUCUUGGAAAAAGUGUUCCAAAUAGAUGUGAACAGAUCGAAGUGGAUUAACCUGAGUGUGAUCUUCAGCAUGAUUGUGAUCUACCGCAUUAUAUUCUUUAUCAUGAUAAAAAUAAACGAAGAUGUGACACCAUGGGUGAGAGGGUACAUGGCUAGAAGGAGAAUGCAGCAGAAGAGUGGAGCACAGAACACAACUAUUGCACCUGAUGUUCUCACUCAGUCACCAUCUCUCAGAACCUAUGUCUCCCCUCCAACAAAAUGAACUCUUCAAAACUUUUACUCCUUUCAUUAUCAACUAGGAUUAGAUAUAUAUAUCAGACAAAAUUCUUAUUGCUUUUACA